AUGUUUGCCGAACGUUUAGUGAUUCCGACCGAUUUCCGGAUGCGUUGCCUACACCAUCUCCAUCCUGGUCAUCCGGGUAUCCAGCGCAUGAAAGCGAUUGCGCGCAGCUUCGUUUACUGGCCGUCUAUCGACUCGGUUAUCGCUGCGCAUGUCAAAGCGUGCCGUCACUGCGCAGUUGCAGCCAAGAGUCCGCCCAAAGCACCGUCGCUGGCGUGGCCCAAGUCAACGUAUCCAUGGCAGCGCGUCCACAUCGACUACGCUGGGCCUAUCGAAGGAGAGUACUUCCUGCUUAGCGUCGAUUCGUACUCGAAAUGGGUGGAAAUCGUCAGAACCAAGUCGAUAACAGCCACUGCAACCAUCGAAAUCCUACGAAGUCUCCUCGUUCGCCUUGGUAUGCCAGAAACGUUAGUCAGCGACAACGGUACGCAGUUCACCAGUGCCGAGUUCGCACAAUUCUGCCUCGAGAACGGUAUCGAUCACGUGACAACUGCGCCGUUUCAUCCGCAGUCCAACGGCCAAGUUGAGCGUUUCGUGGACACCUUCAAGCGAGCGGACAAAAAGAUUCAAGAGGGGAGAAGAACAAUUCAGGAAGCACUGGACACUUUUCUGUUGACCUACCGAACCACACCAAACCCGUCAGCACCACAAAGCAGAUCUUCGUCCGAAGUAAUGUUUGGGCGUAGAAUUAGGACCAGUCUGGACUUACUCCGACCACCAGCCGUUCGGGAAACGACUUCUCAACUAGAUUCAAGGUUGUUCAGUAAAGGUGAUCUAGUAUACGCCAAGGUGCACUCUACCAAUUCUUGGAGAAGGGCAUCAGGAGUGAUUCUGGAGCGAGUGGGACAGGUGAUGUUCAACGUGUGGGUUGAAGACAGGCGCAUGAUUCGGUCGCACAUCAACCAGCUGCGAAGCCGAACGAACGCCGACAGUAAGUCAACGUUUGGCUCGAUUCCGUCCAAGACAGACAAGCAACAGUUGCCUCUGGACAUCUUACUACGAGCCUGGAACCUGCACAAGCCAACCCAGCCACAACUACCAGGUCCAUCCACAUCACCGAGACCAUCACCGUCACCGGUUGCACAAACGCCAUCAACACUCGAAACGCCGGCUGAGCAUUCGACGCUACAGCAAGUCUUGUCAUCCACGCCAGCUUCUCCGAGCCUAGUUUGGGUUACUCCGGAAUCGACAACAGACCUUGGUCAGCCGUCGUCUACGUCCGUAGUCCCAUCGUCCUCUACAACAAGCCCUGUGCCACUUACAUCAGCAGAAACCGAAACAGCUGUCAGGUACCUCGCCGCUCUUCACGUCUACGAAGACCGCCGAUUAGGUUCGACCCGUACCAGCUGUAUUAAGAGGGGAGAUGUUGGGAACAUGGACAUCCUCAACGAUCGCUACCAACACCAACACUGCUGA